UGUCUCUCCAUCGAACACGACUCGGAGGCGACAACGAGUCCAUUUCCUCGCUUCUAUUUCGUCUCUUGCUCGCCAGGCCGGGCCCCCACAUCGGCCGCUCAUUGCAAGACAGACGUACCGGUCGAAGGGACGGACAGGACGGUCGGACGACGAGGCAGGUGCAUAUUGGCCAGGGAAGGAAUCGAGCCGGAUUCGAGGAAGAAGGUUGGCUGGCUGGACGAGGCAGGCCACCUGAGGGCAACAGGUGGCUUUAUCCGACCUGUGGGAUGACCCGGGUCACGGCGGAAAGGCUAUGUCUGCGGAAAAGUCGUCAGCCGUUGCUGGCAUCACAAGUAAUGGCGUCGUCGCUGCCAGCGACGUCAGCUCCCCCGACGAUGUCGUAGCUACGACAAGAGGGGGGGAAAGCUGCACCUUUUGUCUUGUCGCCGAGUUCGACAUCGACAAGGGCAGCACGCUAUCCUAUCAGUAUCCAGAGCCAGUCAAUCACGACGAGCACAUGCUUGCGGAACUUAUGCUUCCGGACGGUGUACAUGCACGCUCCGAGGACUGGACCGUCUUCUUCCUGCCUGCAUCCUGUGCGCGCUUCGCAAAUGGGCAUCAGAACAAUGGCCAAUCACACGACACUGGUGUUCACGAUGAGCGAGGUGAAGGCCAACGGAAAGAUGGGGAUCGCCAGCGAGACAGGGAUCAGGGAGGGCAUCAAGAGGGCAAGGCAAAAGAGGAGCCGCUCAUCUACGUUCUCAAUCUUGUCAGAACGAAGCACGACAAUACGGUUCGAAGAGGAGCCAUGGUCAAGGCCAUUGCCAUUGGCACCACACAUCCGUACAUUCAGGUGUUCAAGCCUGCCUUGCUUUUGGCUCUUGACGACUACUUUAAAUCACCGUCGAUGGACCCGCUCGCCAGGUUGUACGAAUCUCUCAACAUGCUCGACCUGAACGCCAUGCCCGUCUUGACGCGCGCGGAGAAGCUCGUCCUUCGAGCAAACGAGCGUAGAGACCUUUUCGAGGAGCGCUUCAAGGAUGCAUUAUCGAAGUCCUUUCUCGGCCGCAACAGAACGGGCAGUGGGAGCACUGUACACUCAUACGACAGCUCGCGCCCGGGAGAGGGGUCAAGACCGAGCACGGGCAACGAGGCAUCUGCACCACCCGUUGCCCUUUCGAAUCAGGGCCGAUCAACGCCUCACCUUCCGCACCGGCCAUCGCUGGCGUCGCUGCGUCAAGCGGCAGGCAGCACCUCGAGCAUCCUCAAGAGAAGGACUUCCCAUGCAAACCAGCUCGAUCACGGCGGCAAUUCUGGCUCUCAGCCCCCCUCCGCACUCCGCAGGCCAAGCGGGGCAGCAGUGAGCCCUCUGCCGCCCUCGAGCGCCCGGUCCUCAUUCACAAAGGAUACGCACUUUUGGGAGACGAAUGUCUCCUACGGCAAGAUUCAAGAGUUGCCGCUGCGCAUCCCCACCGACUCUUUCCCCGAGGAGGUGGGCGAGUAUUCGCUCAUCAACCUUGUGAACACCUUUGCCGGCAGCACACCUUCGGGGCCUCAGCAUCCUCACCUGCACUCCAAUGGCAACCUGACGUCACCCAUCAUCCUUUUGUUCAACGCCGUGGUCACCGGAAAGAGGAUCGUCUUCCUCGGUCACAACCAGCCGGCAAGCAAGGUCGCUGCACACGUUCUGGCUGCCUGCGCCCUCGGCAGUGGCUGUGGAGCUGCGUGGCGGGGCGUGGUCAAAAGAUGCUUUCCUUACACCAAUCUUGGCAUGAUGGACGAGCUAGAAAAGACGCCGGGGUACAUCGCUGGCGUCACGAACCCCCGCUUCGAGGAGCUUCAUGCCUGGGAUGUGCUGCUCAAUAUUGAAACGGGCAAGAUCACUGUGGCAAAGGACAUCGAACCGGCUCCUCCCCUGCGGACAGCGACACGUCCGAGCGGCAUGCCAGAUACAAUUUCAAGCGGCAGCAUUGGUUCUUGGACGGGUAGUGCCGGGGUCGGCCACGAUGCCGAGUGGCGGGCCAAUCGGGCGCCCAGCGAGCCCGAUGCUCCGAGCAGCGUGGGCCACUCGAUGUCUGGCAGUAGCGUCAAGGGCGGCCGAGACCGCAGCGGGACAUUCAUUGAAAGCCGGGCCGAUGCGUUCGACAAUGCCUUUAUCGACGAGAUCCAGCUCUCGAUCUCGGCCAGGUACGGCGAGAGGCAUAUCCGGGCCCGCUUCAUCGACUAUGCUCUCAACUUUGUCAAGCUCAUCGCUAGGCACGAGGAGCACUACUUCUCCCACACCAGCCUUGGACCGCCCAGCCAGCCGUUCCUCAACGGACAGCUGGGCAGUGGCGUGGUACGCACGGACCGGGAGAUUGAGAUGCGCGAUAUCCUCGCCAAUGCUCAGCGCAUCGAAGGCUUCCGCGCCACAGACACGUACGAGCUUUUGUGUGGCGAUGAGGCCAGUAGGGACAAAACGGCUGGAAUCACCGGCUUCGAUGUUGGUCAUCAGAUCGUGCGGCUCCGUAAGGCAAAGAAGCUGGCGAGCGCAGAGGGCGAUCUCAUCUUCUCCACCUUGGCCCGAUCCGUCCACACGUCUGACCAAGUCAUCGAGCUGCUGUCGCUGUUGCCCCCGCACAAGGGCGGCCUUUUCCCCCUUAGUUCCGGGCUCAUGGCUUCGUCCAAGACGAUGCGAAGCGCAGCUCAGGACCUUUUGAUUGUCAUUUCGACGCAUCCAGUUGGCAAGAAGUUCGUUCAGGGCUUGAACCUCUUCCACCGGCUGGCUUUUGCUCGCGCGUUGCAAGAUGCGAGCGAUGCCGCUGCCUACCUUCAACAACAGCAACAACAACAGCAACAACAGCAAUUGCAAUUGCAACAACUGCAGCACCAGCAGCAUCAGCAGCACCAGCAACAUCAGCACCCCCAUCAACCUCAGCAGCUUCAGCAACCAAUGCUCGGCAAUGGCUAUCUCGGCCACCCACCGCAGAGCGGUAUUUCGGGCAAUCAGAGCCCCUUGCCACGCGAAGGCCUGCCUACGCAGAGCAGCGGCGCCGCGUCUCCGCUGCCCUUUGUUCACUUUCCCCCCGCAAAUGACGGCCCUCCUCCUCCUCCUGUGAAUGAGGGCAUGCUCUCUGCAGGUGUGGGCGGUCUGAGCGUGCCAGUCGGCUCGUCGGCCUCCUCUCGGUCACCUUCACCUCUAUCGACCCAAGCUUGAAGCGCAGCGCUUUCUGCACCUUGCUCAUGUAUCCCAAGACUCCAAUCCAGUUCUGGCUCUCUUUGUUUCCCCUACAUGUACUUGUACCAGAACAAAUCAAGAAUCAGCGAUGCCC